AUGAGAUUCCUCCCUUUCGUCGCUGCUGCGCUUGCAGUUGUUCCCGGUGUCCUUGCUGUUGAUCAGAAGAAGUCUGCCAUCGUCUGGUUCGAGGACGAGUCCACACCCGAUUCAAUUGUUGAAGAGUGCAAAGACGCUCUCAAGAAGGCUGGCGGCAAGAUCACACAUGUUUAUUCAAUCAUCAAGGGCUUCUCCGUCAUCGCACCCGAGAAGGCGCUCGAGAUCGUCCAGAUUAACCACGAGGACCAUCAGAUUCGUGUCGAGAAGGACGAGGUUGUGACGACCGACUGA